CUGACCAAGCUGCUGCUAAGCCCUAAAAGGGGACCAGGAUGGGUGUGAUGCUAAAGGUGCUGCGUGAGCUGACUCUUAGAAGAAGCCAAGAAUUAUAAGAAGUGAAGAGAGAAGCGGACACACAAGUUUCUUGUGGUUGCUAAAAACAGGAACCCAGGCUUCUGCAAACACAUCGAGCCUUCCUUAUUUCUAACAGAGGAAGUAUGUGGCCUGUUUGGCAACUGCCGUUCUACAUGAUAGCAUGAGCUUCAUAACACUCGCCAGGGCCCCCUCCCCACGGCCGUCAUUCAGCUGGUGCGGCCGCAGCUGAUGGAGACUGAAUGACAACGCUCACUGGGUAGCUAGUUACUGCUUGGAGCUGAUGCAAAGAGGGGAAGCAUGCUCACCGUUUAAAGUUUUGAAGUUGCUUCUUCUAACCCAAGAGUGAGAAAUUGAAUAGGAGAGAUGGGCAACAGCAUGAAGACAUCUACUGCGCCACCUGAAAGACCUCUGCCUGGCCCAACGGGACUAGACAAUGACUUCCUUGCUGUUCUGUGUGAUUAUCCAUCUCCUGACAUCAGCCCACCUAUAUUCCGCCGAGGAGAAAAACUACGUGUAAUUUCAGAUGAAGGAGGCUGGUGGAGAGCGAUUUCUCUCAGUACUGGUCGAGAAAGUUAUAUUCCUGGAAUGUGUGUGGCCAAGGUUUACCACGGUUGGCUCUUUGAAGGAUUGGGAAGAGACAAAGCUGAAGAACUUUUAUUGCUGCCUGACACAAAGAUAGGCUCCUUCAUGAUCAGAGAAAGUGAAACUAAAAAAGGGUUUUACUCACUAUCAGUGAGGCACAGACAAGUGAAGCAUUAUCGCAUCUUCCGUCUACCCAACAACUGGUAUUAUAUUUCUCCAAGACUCACUUUUCAGUGCCUGGAAGACCUUGUGAAUCACUAUUCUGAGGUGGCCGAUGGGCUCUGCUGUGUGCUUACAACGCCCUGCUUAACACAGUGCACAAGUGGCAAUUCGGAGAGGGCCUCGGGAUCACCAGUCAUGAUGCGCCAGAAAAAUUUCAGCUGGACAAAUGUCGCCAGAAUGCAGUCUGGUCAUGAUGGAGAAGUAAACCACCUGGAGAUGGAUGAGUCACUGUUCAGCUAUGGACUCCGGGAAAGUAUCGCCUCUUACCUCUCCCUGGCAGGAGAAGAUGGUUCUUCCUUAUCUAAUGACCGAAAGAAGAAAAGCCAUUCUCUGAUAUAUACUGGGAACAAGCGCAAGAGUACCCUGUUUUCUGCUCCUCAGUAUUUCGAAGAUUAGACUAUGACCCACAAGGGAUCACAGGACUGAACUCUCACCUCAAGUCAGCCAUGUAGCUGUGAGGCCUUGGCCUGCUGGUGAGAAGCAGAGAAAGAAUAGACGCACGGAUGACUAAACUCUCAAUCUGCACUCUACUCCCCAUCAGCCCCGCAACUUUUCUCAUGUCAACAAUAGAGAAAUCUCUCCUGGUGGCUAGAUAGUACUGUAGAUAUUACUGUAUGUUAAAUUAUAACUUGAUCAUACACUGGAUCACAAGGAGUGAGUAAGUGAAAGUGAGUGAGUGUGUGUGUGUGUGUGUGUGUGUAUGUAUGUAUGAAAGAGAGAGAGAGAGAGAAACACAUAAGAGAGAAAGAUGAGAGAAUAUAUGAACAAAGAAACUCUCUCAAUAGAAAUGUUUCGAACUUUGUGAUCCAGACUAAAAUGAUCCAGGAGUAACAGGAGGUCUG